AUGCACCUCCGUUUACUGUUUGAGCGUCUUAAAGAGCACGGCCUCAUCAUCAACUCGGCCAAGUGUGAAUUUGGCCGGUCGUCCAUCACCUUCCUCGGCCACCAUGUCACUCCGCAGGGGGUGAUGCCACUCCCUGCGAAGGUGAAAGCAAUCAUUGAUUUCCCGCGCCCUAACACCGUGAAGCCCCUGCAGGAGUUCUUGGGGAUGGUAAUUUUUUAUAACCGGCAUCUCCCCCGCGAGAUGACGGGAGCGUUCGAGGCUACCAAAACUGCUCUUGCCAACGCCACCUUACUGGCGCAUCCGUCUCCCACAGCCCCAGUGGCUCUCACAACAGACGCCUCCCUCGGAUUACGCGGUUGGGGCUGUGUGCGAGCAGUUGGUGCGCGGAGCUUGGCAGCCGUUGGCCUUUUUCAGCAAGAAAAGCUCCGCUCCAGCGAGAGGAAAUACAGCACUUUCGACAGGGAGCUCCUGGGUCUAUUCCUUGCCACGCGCCAUUUCCGUUUUUUGUUGGAGGGGCGACAGUUUACGGCGUUCGUUGACCACAAGCCGCUGAUAUUUGCCAUGGCCAAGUCGACAGAGCCGUGGUUGGCAACAACGUCAACUCUCUGCAAUCUCGGAGUACACCACCUACAUUCAACACGUGGCGGGGACAGACAAUGUGGUUGCGGACUGCCUUUCAAGGGCAGUGACAGGCCUAAAGGCUGGUAUCUUUCUCUCAUGGCGCCUAACACAAAAGGACCUGCGUUUGCCUGGCUUGACCCCUCCAGACUCUACUGUAAUUCACAGGCGCUUGCAGACUGCGUCAAAGAUCUUCUCGAGCCAUUCCACAAUGACAGCGUUGAUAUUGUUGCAGGGAUUGAUGCAAUGGGCUUCAUUCUUGGAGCCUGUGUGGCCACAACGCUUGGAAAAGGCUUUCUGGCAAUUCGCAAAGCAGGACAUUUAUGUGUAGACACCCAAAGCCAAAACUACAGAGAUUACUCGGGCAGAGACAAGACCAUGGAAGUGCGGCUGGAUGUACUCAAAGCAGGUGUCAGAGUGUUGCUUGUGGAUCAAUGGAUAGAAACAGGAGGAACCAUGAAAGCUGCGAUUGAGCUGGUGGAAAGAUUUGGUGCAACUGUUGUGGGUGUUGCAGCUGUGGCUAUUGAAAAUACUGAAGGUGGACAGUGGAUAAAGAAAAAAUACAAGUUCUCCCACUGUAUUCCUGAGGAGCUCCAAAGCCAAAUUGAUCAAAAAUAUCUGGACUCUUUCAAAGUGAAUUGUGUUAACUAG